AUGAGCCUAUCCAAAUUCGUCUGGACUGAUGUGGUGGAAGCAGACCAGAUGUUACUCUUCGCGGAGACGAUCAUUCUGGCAAAAUGGAAGACUACACCACCACAUAUCACGAACAAGCACGACGUAAAAGAGUGUGUUUUUGAUGAUAACUAUGGACUAGAGGUGUCCAGGGGAACGAACCACGUUGCGUGGCGGUUUGGAAAGCUCAGAGUUAUCGCUCCCACUGGCAGACCACCCACGAACUUGACUUCGUCGCAAUCUGAUAUAGAUCCUACUCAUGAGUUUCAACACGUCAUCUUCGGGGUCAUUCUGGCGUAUUUCGUCAAGAAAUUCGUUGAAUCGUACUGUCAGGCGUUUGAGGAACAGUUGGUCGUCAAGCUUGGUGUAGAUCGUGGCGUCAGCUCUUUUGCCUUGGUCCCAGUCGCUGUCGCUGUUGUCGAGGGCAAGCAAGUCGAUCUCACGGACUGCGACAUGGUUGGGAAAAGGUGCAAAGGCUAUGUUGAUGGAUUGAUAGUCGAUGCAGAGAUCAUAUCUGAGACGAGGGGAUGA